AACGUUCAGCCUGAAGAGUUCAAAAUUCUUUUUGAGUGAUAUUUAAAAAUCCCUUUAAAAGAUAAAAGCGUCACUUCGUCAUCGGGCAUUUCGCUGUAGCCAUCAAGCCAGCUCCAGCUCAUCAUUCCUUACAGGUGGUCAGGCGCAAUCGUAGUGGUUAAACUUUCAACCACAGAGCGCAGAAAAUGACUUAGGUGAAUAACAACCUGGAGCCUCAGUUUCCCUAUCUGUAAACCGGGCUGAUAACUCCGGUCAGCGAUAAGGAUUGUGGUUGACUGAGCUGGGAACUUAACCCAGGGCUCAGAGACGCACCCCAGCAACCUGGGUUGGCGGCCAGAGGUCGGCCCUGGGAUCAGGCGGAGAGCCGCGAACCCGGCAACCCCCGCGCUCUGGGCCCUCCCGCCUUGGUUCCCCGCGCUGAGAGGCGUGGCCGGUCCUCAAACCCACAGCGGCGGCCAUGGCCUCGGUGGUGGAAUACAAGGGCCUGAAGGCCGGCUACUACUGCGGUUACUGCGAGUCCAGGGAGGGCAAGGCGUCGUGUGGCAUGUGGGCACAUUCCAUGACAGUGCAGGAUUAUCAGGAUCUUAUAGACCGAGGAUGGAGAAGAAGUGGAAAAUAUGUGUACAAACCUGUCAUGAAUCAAACAUGCUGUCCUCAGUAUACAAUAAGGUGUCAUCCUUUACAGUUUCAGCCAUCAAAAUCUCACAAGAAAGUUUUGAAAAAAAUGCUGAAAUUUCUGGCUAAAGGAGAGAUCUCGAAAGGCAGUUGUGAGGAUGAGCCCAUGGAUUCUACAAUGGAGGAUGCUGUUGACGGUGACUUUGCAUUAAUUAACAAGUUGGAUAUAAAGUGUGAUCUUAAAACACUCAGCAGUGAUCUCAAAGGAAGCAUAGAGGUUGAAGAGAAGGAGAAAGAAAAGAGUUUAAAGAAAGAAGGAUCUAAAGAGUUAAUUCAUCCACAAGCUAUAGAGGAGAAGUUGGGCUCUGGUGAACCAUCACAUUCAAUCAAAGUUCAUAUUGGUCCUAAGCCAGGUAAAGGGGCUGAUUUGAGUAAGCCUCCAUGUCGAAAAGCAAAGGAAAUGAGGAAAGAAAGGAAAAGGUUGAAACUGAUGCAGCAGAACUCAGCUGGGUCCUUUGAGGGUUUCCAGGCUCGAGGUCAGCCAGUGUCUGUUCUACCAAAGGCUAAAUCCAACCAGCCCAAGUCACUUGAAGAUUUGAUUUUUGAAUCUUUACCAGAGAAUGCAUUGCACAAGUUAGAGGUGAGGGUGGUAAGAUCUUCUCCACCAAGUCCUCAGUUCAAAGCCACAUUUCAGGAGUCUUACCAGGUCUAUAAACGUUACCAGAUGAUUAUUCACAAGGAUCCACCUGAUAAGCCAACUGUGAGCCAGGUGAGGCUAGUACCUGCCUCCUUUGAGGACCCAGAGUUCAAGUCAUCCUUCAACCAGUCCCUUUCUUUAUAUACCAAGUAUCAAGUGGCUAUACACCAGGAUGCACCUGUUUUAUGUGGAAAGUCUGAGUUUACAAGAUUCCUUUGCAGCUCACCAUUGGAGGCAGAACACCCUGCUAAUGGACCAGAAUGUGGUUAUGGCUCUUUUCACCAGCAGUACUGGCUUGAUGGGAAGAUCAUUGCUGUGGGGGUGAUAGACAUCCUCCCAUACUGUGUGUCUUCUGUAUAUCUGUACUAUGAUCCUGAUUACUCAUUUCUGUCUUUGGGUGUCUAUUCAGCAUUAAGAGAAAUUGCUUUUACUAGACAACUGCAUGAGAAAACAUCGCAACUCAGCUAUUAUUACAUGGGUUUCUACAUUCAUUCCUGUCCCAAGAUGAGAUACAAGGGUCAGUAUAGACCUUCUGAUUUGCUGUGUCCUGAGACAUAUGUCUGGGUACCUAUUGAGCAGUGCCUGCCUUCUCUGGACAACUCAAAGUACUGCCGUUUCAACCAGGACCCACAAGCAGAGGAUGAAGGGCGCAGUAAGGAACUUGACCGACUACGUGUGUUUCACAGACGAUCUGCCAUGCCUUAUGGUGUUUAUAAGAACCACCAAGAAGAUCCAAGUGAGGAGGCCGCUGUGCUGGAGUAUGCAAACCUCGUAGGGCAGAAGUGCUCGGAGAGGAUGCUGCUGUUCAGACACUGAAGGCCUGUGCCAUACCCCAGCACCAGCCUGGGCUCUCCUGCCACAGUCCUGCCUGCGUCUUGGCUCCUGCAGCCACUUACCAAGUACAUUCGUAGAGCUUUUUAAAAAUAUUUUGUGGAAUUGUAUUUAUGAGAAUCUUGUGGUUAAUAUAAAGAUUUUAAAAUACUCUAUGAUCUAGUCCUUUAACUGGGACUUGUCCUUUUGAAGUUUGCUUCUGGAGCAAAGUGUGCUAACUGUCUCCAGUAAAUAUUUGAGGAAGGAAAGUGAAGAAGUAAAUCUAAGUAAUUUCCUCAUAGUUACUGUUUUGUGCUGGAGAAAUUCUGACACAGAGACUAUUCUUUUAGACUAGUGGUUCUUAACCUGUGGGUUCAUGACACCCAUAGGUGCCAAAUGUUAGAUAAGGACUGUAGCAAAAUUACAGUUAUGAAGUAGCAACAAAAUAAUUUUAUGGUUGGGGGAGGAGUCACCACAAUGUGAGGAACUGUAUUAAAGAAUAGCAGUAUUGGGAAGGCAGAGAACCACGUUAGCUUAUGCUGACAUUAGCUUAUGCUGGGAAAUUCAGGUGGGGUCAAAGGUGAAGAGCACAUUCCAUCACCAGGAAAUGUGCCUUUCCCACAAACCAAAACUCUGUUGCUCUGUUUGAUAUUAAAUUCGUCCAGUGUUAUAGUGUAUUAUUAGUAGACAACCUGUAAAGGAAAUGUAAACAUUGCAAACAUCAGGUGUUCACUCUGGGUGUCUGUCCAGGAUGGUCCUGCUUAUAUCUGUUGUCUUGGCAUAAUUGUUUUCCCUGUCACUAGUGUUCCCUUGUGCCCCAGAGUUAUCGCAGUUUGGAUGAUAAAAUAUGCAGUGUGAUCUUAGUGGUGUUUGUUCUAUUUCUGCAAAUCUAAGAAACAACUUUUUAAAGAAACAUAGUAACUCCUGCUUGAUCUGAGGCUUAUCCAAAGAAUAUGUUCCUGUUUUCCAUUUUCUGGAACACAGACACUCUUUUGUGAUUAGUGAUAGAAUUGGUUAUUAACUAGUCCUGGAGCUGUGCACAAGCUGUAGUGGAGUUGGUGGGGCCUAUAGCCUCUGCAUUCUUCUGAUUGUGGGUCAGAGAGUAAGCACUGCCAUUGGUACUUCAGAAUGGAGAGCAGCCACUCACUUUCAUUCUUGUGAUGUUGGGCCUUUUGCUUGCUCACCAAAUGCCUGCUGUCAAGGAGGCAGGCAGCCAGCUGGUUAAAGAGGCACAUCAGACAUGGCGAAGCGAGGCUCCCCUCAAGUGGGCUGGAAGCUGGAUGUACAGGUUAGCUUUUUUUCUCUACUUGUUCUCAGUUGGACCCUUCUGGCCUUGGACCUGCAGAGAGCACCCUAUCCUACAGUGAAGGUAGUGUUACUUUAUUUCUUUUUAUAAAAAUUACUCCAAUAGUAAUCAACUAAAACACUAAGAAAUUAAGUAAUUUGAAAUCCUAGACCUAGGGAAAGGAACAUUAUGGAAACCCACACAUCACUAGUCCACCUCAAAUAAAAUUGCGCAUUCUUUGCUAUGUAGUUGUUCUCAGUGGUAACGUGUAAAUGUAUCUGAGAUUGAAGAUUGUUGAAAAUGUGAUAGGUAAUCUCAGUAUUAUUAAGUAGAGUGGGGUCAGCAUAUAUGCCCUUGGCAUUGGGUAGCCAGGCAUACUGCAUUCCCCCUUUUCCUUGUAGGUGGUAUAUCCAUGCUACCAGAAUUUGGGGGAGGGGUUCAGCCCAAUAUCUUACCCUAGCUCUGAGUUCCUCCUGCAGAGUGUAGAGGAAAGUGGCUCACUGUCCCUGUUACUAUACUAAUGAGCCUACCCUAGGGUGAAAACUCUUCAGCUCAGUUGCUAUGUUCUCAUUCUCUCCCUCUACUCUUCCUCCUGCCCUCUAUUCCCCCCAUGUAUGUGUGUGUGUGUGUGUGUGUGUGUGUGUGUGUGUGUGUGUGUGUGUGUGUACACACACACACACACACACACACAAACUAGAAUGAAAUCUUAGGGGUCUACAUGUUGUCAAAGAUGUGCCCUUGGGUGGGGCUGAGGAGAUAACCCAGUUAGUACAGUGCCUGAGUUCAGUUCUCUAGAGCCCAUGUAAAAUGCUGGGUUUGGUAGCAUGUGUUUGGAAUGCAGGUACUGGGGAUUCAGUAGAGGAGUACAUCUGGGGCCCACUGGCCAGUGGCCUAGCCUACUGAGUGAGCAUGGAGCCAUUGAGAGACCCUGUCUAAAAGGAGGCAGACAGCAUUCAUGAGGACAUUAGGUGUUGUCCUCUAUACAUGGGUUACAAAAAGGAGCCUGCCAAUGUUUUGAGCUCUCUAGUGAGUGUCACAGCUAGGAUAGGACAGUCAAAAGUAUCCCAACUUGGCAUUUUUGUGAAGUCUAACUGAGGUACCUAAUUCUGUCAGUGAUUUUCAUCUAAAUAAAGAUACAUGGAAGCCUUUGAGGGACAGUGUCUGUCUUCUUCAGGCAGGAAGGUCUCUGUGCUCCAUCUCCUUCUUUAGUCCCCUUCUGAAUUCAAGUAGAGUCACACCUCCCUCCAUACCUGACAGCACAGGGGUUAUUUUGAUUCUCAGUGUACCAUCUUUAUUUAAAUUAUUUUCAGUUCUCUGAGACUUUUGUUACUUUUAUUACAGGUAAUCUAAGCACUUUUAUAUUCAAAGAUAGAGACUAUAUGAUCAGAUGAAUAUAUUCACUCAAUUAAAAUUAUUUAGGUAAAAAUUAUUGUUUAUGUUUCCUUUCAAGCAAUCUAUCCUAUUUUUAUCCAUUUGCAAAUGCAAGUUUUGUGUGGUUUCUUAGCAUAUCAAAAUUAUUAUGUAGAAGAAUAUUUCUAGCUUUCUGAACAGCAAAUAGUUCCGUUUAUAAAUAUUGUAUUAUUUCAGUAUGAAUAAAGGUGAGAGAGAAUACAAACAUUUAACCAAAAUGAUUCUACUGUGGCUGACUUAAAAGAAAAGAAGGAAAUGAGUGGGGACUUGAUUUGUUUGAAUUACAAGUUAUUCAAAUGUGUUUUCCUUUCCUAAGGAAACCAUUGGCUAUAAGGCAAAAUAAGUUUGAUUGCAUUGGAUAUUUUUGCUCUUGUAAAAAAGCCCAAAAUAAUAAUAAUAAAAAAAUAAAGCUGUUUGUAUCUGCA